CUUCUCUUCUUUUCUGAAUAGCAUUAAGAUCCUCAAGGAACCUGUGUCCUUAGGAAAAUGUGAGCAUGUCUUCUGUCUAUCUUGCGUGGGUGACUGUAUUGGUGCAGAAUGUCCAGUGUGUCACACUCCAGCCUGGGUCCAAGAUGUGCAAAUCAACAGGCAGCUAGACAACAUGAUCCAGCUGUGCAGCAAACUGAGACAUUUCCUGGGCAAGGACUCCUCAGAUUCUGCAGAUGACUUGUUCACAUCAGUAGUUCCUGAUCAUGAAUCAAGAAGCAAGAAGAGGCAGAUAAAAAUGUGGCUCAGCCCACGCAGCAGGAAGAUCAGAUGUGUCCUAAACAAUAGUUCCUCUCAGAAGCAGAAUCAACUGGUGAUUGAUGAUAGUUCUCAACAGGGCCCAUCGUCUACAUAUGACUUCUUUCCUUCUCCUCAAGAGAAAUCUUCCAAGAUGACCAUGCCACCCCCUCACAGAUCAAGGAAAAAGCGGAAGAAAAAAAUUCUAGCAGACUUCAACCAAGUGUGGGGCAUAGAGAAGACAAAGCAGCAAGAGGGCAGUGGAACUGAAGGGGAGACCCAAAAUGCACCUAAAGGAAAGACUGUGACCUUUUGCAGCCAAUCAUUAGUUUUAGGCAGUCCAGAGCCAAAGCAUAUGGAGGAGACAAUCGGGCAGGAGUUUGUAACAGAAAUCAGCCAUAAGAAUGGAAGAGAGUCCCCCUUGGAAAGGGCUAUGCAAGUAAAACCUGCAGAGGAUAUAGAUAGUGUUAAGGUCACCUGUUCUGUACAAGUGAAUGGUAUUAAUACAGAGAAAUCUCUGCCAUCAGAAAAUGAAAUUACUUCGUUAAAACGUGGAAGGCAGCAGCAGUCUACAUCCUCCGCUUUAGCUCAUUCUAAAAGACUUAGAAGAAGUGGUCAGAAUGCUGAUAUGCACUCACUCAGCCAGGGUGGUGGCAGUCCUGAGGUAACUGAACCUGGAACUCCUGUUCAUAUCUCCCCUCGUGCACAUAAACGUAAUGGUGGCGCAUUAUCAAAGACAAGAUGCUCUGCAGUUCAACAAAUAAAUAGCCCUUCACUUUCAAAAACUCCCUCUAGCCCAUUCACUUCAAAUACUCCCCAUCAGAUGGAAACGACACCCAGCCCUUCCCUUUUGAAGAAGUCUCCUGGUGGGAACACAGUUACCAAAAGGAAUCACAGAGGAGAAACCGUGCUUCAUGUUGCUUCCAUCAAGGGUGAUGUAUCAGCUGUUGAAGAUUUACUGAAAAAUGGAGCUGACCCCAAUGUUAAAGACCAUGCUGGAUGGACGCCAUUGCACGAGGCUUGUAAUCAUGGGCACAAGAAGGUGGUGGACCUGUUGCUACAGCACAGGGCUUUGGUGAACACUACGGGCUAUCAGAAUGACUCACCACUUCAUGAUGCUGCCAAGAAUGGACACGUGAACAUUGUUGAGCUGUUGCUUUUACAUGGAGCCUCCCGGGAUGCAGUUAAUAUAUUCGGUCUGCGCCCUGUGGACUACGCAGAAACUGAAAAGAUGAAGUCUGUGCUAAUGCUACCGAUGAAGAAUGAAUCGUAUUCAUUUAGUCAGUGCUCAGAACAAGCAAGCCCAGGCCACACCAGAGAAGGGCCUGUUGUUCUGCUGGGAAGUGGCCUCACUUCAGAACAACAAAAAUCACUGAGCAAACUCGCAGCGGUGCUGAAGGCUAAAAAAUGUGUCGCGUUUAACAGCACAGUGACUCACGUCGUUAUCCCUAAUGAUCCAGUACGAAGUACUAGCAAAUGCAUGCUGGCCAUUCUGGCGGGAUGUUGGGUCCUGAAAUUUGCGUGGGUGGAGGCAUGUUUGCAAAGCAGAAUUCGUGAACAGGAGGAGAAGUAUGAAGUCGGUGGUGGUCCACAAAGAGGCAGACUCAACCAAGAGCAGCUGCUGCCUAAGUUGUUUGAUGGUUGCUACUUCUAUUUUUUGGGAACUUUCAAUCACCACCAGAAGAAUGACCUCAUUGAGCUGGUUAAAGCGGCAGGAGGACAAAUCCUCCUGAGACAGCCAAAGCCAGAUAGCGACGUGACACAGACCAUCAGCACGGUGGCGUACCAUGCUGAGCCUGGCUCUGAUCAGUGUUUCUGCACACAAUACAUUAUCUAUGAUGUGUCUUCUAAAUACAACCCAGAGAAAAUUCGCCAAGGCAAAGUCUGGAUGGCCCCCUCCAGCUGGCUCAUAGACUGUGUCAUGUCAUUUCAACUGUUACCUGUUGCAAAGUGAAUAUCCCAGCAGAAUGAGCAAGUUUCUUAAACGAACUCUGGGGCUCUUGAGCAGUGGGAACACACCGCUGGGCGGUCUAGAAUCCGAAGCACUCUUCGUUAUUCCCACUUACAACCACGGUGGAACCUAUUCAUGAUGCGAGACUCGGUGUGAAUUGCUGAAUUUUGUGGAUAAAUGUGUAAACAACAACAAAAACGUAAGGAUAAUGCAUCAAGAAUGUACGUGAAGUUCAUUUAUUUGACAGAUAAUUUUAAUUCUAUUUCAGCAUACUAAUAAAUGUCUCUUAUAGUAUUUUGUAAUUUAUAACAGUCUCUGUAACAUGAGACCUUUAUAAUCCUCUUGGUUGCUCAAACUUUUUCUUCAAAAUGGAUGAGAACACCGUUUCUUAUCUGUGACCUAUAAAUGAACGGGGUUCUGCCAUAAGUGUCAUGCAUUAGAAUUCCCUUCAAGGCCAAGAAUUAAAAAAUAGGGACUCUACGUGUUUAAAAUCAUAUUUCUGCAUCUGCCUAAUUUCACAGUUGUGUGCUCCGCCCUUCUGAAAAUUGGUCAUGUGCAUAAAUACAGAUUUAAGAGCCUAACUUGUGACUUCCCCAAAGAAUUCAAACCUACCCAAGUUACUUAGGACCAAGUCCUAUUAGACAUUCAAUAGGAUUUGUGGUCUUAUGUCACUUAUGCACCUUUGAAAAUCCCAGCCCUGGAUUUAAAAAUCUUGACCUUAUCCUAAUUGUUCAUGUUUUAUAACAGAAUAUUAGUCAUUAUUGAAACUCGUUCCACUUUCAUACCUGUAAAUAUGUAACUUUUAAAAACUCUAAUAACAUAACAUCUCUUUUCAAGCAUGAUUUUUUAAAAAGUUGGAUUUAGAACGGGUCUGUUUAUAACUAUUCCAAAUUAUUUUAUCCAUGCGUAUUCAUGGCAAUUGUAUUACAUAUGUCACUGCUAUCAUAGCCUCUUUAAUGGGAAAACUGUGGCAUCUGAAAGCAUAAACUUGUGCCUUUUUAGGAAAUAGAGCAUUUUAUUAAAAAUGUAGCCUGGUUGCAUUUGAGUGAAAUUUGACAUUUUCCAUAUUUUGUUCUAAUCACUGAUUUUUUUAUUGAAUCCUUUAUUGCUUUCGUAAUUGACCACAGUUUAUGUUAAUGUCUACAAUCCUGCUUUCUUUUAAUGCAUUCAAAUGGCUUUCAUCCUGUAGGUUGCAUCAGGUAUAAAAUCAUGACUUGGAGCUGUGUGAUUGUAAUGAUUUUGAUCUAAUGAUAAUGAUGGCUGUGAUGGGAUUAAGCCUUUGUGUUCGCUUUUUGUAUUGCAUGUAAUAAAACUUAUGGUGCCAAUGACUUUAAAAUUUAUUACAUAAAUUUAGCUGCAGAAUAAAUAUGAAGCUAGUACAUAACU